UUCAAAUCGCGAACUUGUUCGCGUAUCACAUGAUAGUAAUUAUUACUUUAAAUUAAACAAUAAUGUCUGUAGUGAAGAAAAAGAAGCAUGUGUCUAAAAAGAACAAGAAAGCCUGGCGGAAGCACUGUGAUAUUACUGACGUCGAGGCCUUUCUGGAAGACCAACGACUGGAGGAGCGAUUAGGUAAAUUUGAAGCUAAGCCUGAUGCAGAAUUGUUUGUAGUGGACACCGCAGGUGAUGAAGUAAAAGUAAAGGAAGAGAGACCCCUCACUGCUAAAGCUAAGAAAAGAGCUAAGCUUGCAGAGACUCCAAAGUGUUAUGAAGUCCUUUUACCCUCUUCAAAGGUUCAAGAUCCUAAUGCAAAGCGCAACUAUGUUAACCCAACAGGAACAAAACCUUCUGCUCUUAGCAAACUCAAAGAGAAACGGCGCAUUGAGAAAGGGAUUUAUGAAAAGAAGGCAGAACUGGCAAAAAAGAAUAGAAAAAGCAUUAAAUCAAAAAGAAAACUGAAGAGAACUCGCCAAAACUUUGGUUUAGAUCUCUGGGGUCAGGACUUACCAGAAGCUAAGGGUAUUCCAUCCACUUUGGUAGAUGACUUUGUGUCAACGGAGGCACAGCUUCACAAUGUACUGCCUGACCGCAGGCUGCGACCUAAGCCUCCUCUGGCUAAAACUCUUGUCACCAGGAAAGCAGUUGAGCUGCCUCAUCCUGGAGUCAGUUAUAAUCCUUCAUUCAAGGAGCACCAAGAGUUGCUGCAGCAGGUGGUGCAGCAUGAAGAGAAGAUCAUCAAGCGCGGGGAGCACCUGAAACGUGUUACCACUGGCAUGUUCAGCAAGGUCACCGUGCAGGAGAAGGAGAACCAAUGGCGUGAAGACAUGAACCUCAACGAGAAGCCCCACGAUCCCGCCGACAACAGCGGCUCCGACUCCGAGUACCGCGCCGUCAACCCGCCCGUGCAGAACAAGAAGAAAGACCACAAGGCCAGGAGGAAACAGAAGGAAAGACUGCUCGAGAAAGAGCGGCUUAAGAGGGAGAAGGUUGAUAAGAAGAAAAUCACCGAUCUUUACAAACUACGCAAACUCCAGUCUUCCAUAACCACAAAGGAGCAGAAACAAGAGAAUGUUCGAGAGCUGCGCUCGGCCAAACGCGCCGAGAAAGCCGAGACAGCCCUACCGGCACUGAACAAGAACAAGCCACCGCCGAAGGAGCCUGACUUCGUCGACCCGGCUGAUCUCACCGGGAACCUCAUAAGAUUGGCUCCUAGCACGAAUCUUCUCCGCGAUCGCUUUGAAUCCCUACAGCACCGCGGCGCGCUGGCCGCCACCAAGGUUAUGAUGAAGAAGAAACGCAAGGUCAAGAGCUACUUCAAGGCGGGACACAAGGUCACCGACCAGGAGAUCGAGAGGUAUAUUAAUAAUAAAAAUGUUAAGUAGGCGUUCGUUAAGGAGAGUGAAUAAAUGAUAAAAUAUUAAAA